AUGUUCUUGGUGUUAGUGUUAAUGCCACUUCUUGUUACAAGUUUAGAAUUGGAUACUUGUCGAGCGCCACUUGGAAUGCAAUCAGGAUCAAUACCAGAUGUGGCCAUACAAGCGAGCUCUUCAUUAGAUUCAACACUCGGUCCACAGACAGCACGAAUUCGAUCUUCACUCGAAGGUGGUGGUUGGUGUCCGAAACAAAUGAUAGACAGUGAAAGUAAUGAAUAUUUAGAAAUAUCAUUUAAUAAUUUAACAGUAAUUACAUUGAUCGAAACUCAAGGAAGACAUGGUCUAUUUCAAGAAGAUUAUGUUAAUUAUUAUCGACUUGAAUAUAAACGUGAAAAUAAUUUACCUUGGAUAAAAUAUAAAGAUUAUCGGAAAAAAGAGAUUCUCUAUGGUAAUUCAAACAAUAAUAUAGCAGAAAUUCGUGAAAUAACGCCACCUAUUACAGUCAUGAAAUUACGUUUCAUUCCUACACAUAUGAAGAAUAAAAAGAAGAGAAUGUGCUUAAGAUUAGAAUUGUACGGAUGUCAAAGUUCAGAUCAUGUUAUUUCGUAUACUAUUCCACAGGGUGAACAGCGAACAUUUGACAUGGAAUUUUUAGAUGAUACAUACGAUGGUGUUCAAAAUAAUGGAAUGUUGACAGAUGGUAUGGGUCAAUUAUUUGAUGGUGAAACGGGUACCGAUGAUUAUCGUACAGAUUCACAAAGUCUUGGUAUUCGUGGUUAUGAAUGGAUUGGUUGGAAAAAAGAGUCACAACCAAUAGAUAUUAUAUUUUAUUUUGAUGAUAUAAGAAAUUUUACUGAACUUCUUAUUCAUACAAAUAACAUGUACACAAAAGAUGUUCAAGUAUUUCGUCGUAUAAAUAUUAGUACAAGUUUGGAUACACAAAAUUAUAAACAAAAUAUAAUUAUUAUUGAUUUAUCAGAUGAUAGACAAUCUGAAAAUGCACGCUAUAUUCACAUUCCAUUACAAAAUAAUGUGGCAAAAUCAAUUAAAAUAUCGUUAACAUUUGCGUCAAAAUGGAUAUUGAUUAGUGAAGUAAAAUUUCAUUCAUUACCAAUUAAAGAUAAAUCAUUAUUGACAUCUUUAUCAGCAAUAUCAUCAUCAUCAUUGUCAACAACGACAACUGUUGUUAUACCACUUCAAUUCAUCAUCAUUCUAGCUGCCACAUUAUCAAUUAUAAUUAUAUUCAUUCUACUCUGUUUUACCAUUUUGAUAUUAAAACAUAGAAAAAAACAAAAAUUAAAUCGUUAUGGUGAAAAAUUGAUAUUACAAACAUGUUAUUCAGAUAAUCCAUUGAAAUUACAAAUUCCAGAAUUUGUUGCUUGUUGUAAUUUGGAUAAAGAUACUCAGAGUUCUGGUCGUAGUCAAAGUUCAUAUGGUGCAAGUUCUGAUCCGUCCACAUUUACUACACCAAAAACGACAGCACGUAAAUGUAUUAUUGGCUCAAUUCAAGAACAAAUUCCAUUAUCUUCAUCUUCACCACCACCACUCUUACCACAAGAUACAAAUUUUUAUGCUUCAACUGAUAUUGUAACUGUAAAUGAAAAUACACAUUUAAAUACCUAUUUACGUGGUAUCUGUGGAAAUAAUCUUAUGCUUGAAUAUUUAAAUAUGGGAAUUAAUAUGCAAAGAAAAAUUGAAAAAAUCAAAAAUGAACAAAUACAAUUUGGUGAAACAUUCGGUGAAGGAAGAUUUGGUCAAAUUUUCAUUGGUCGUACAUUGAACAGUAAUAAAUAUGUUUUAAUACGAAAAUUAGUCAAAGUAUCAUAUUUAACACGUUCACUAUUUGAACAAGAGACACGUUUACUUGAAACAAUUGUACAUGAAAAUAUUGCCGGUGUUUUAUAUAAAACGCAUGAUGAUCUAUCAAUAAUAACAGAAUAUACAGAUUUGGGUGAUCUAUGUUUACUGAUGCAUCGAAUUAGUCAAAAUGAUAAAACAGCACGAUUAGAUCAUAGUGCCAUAUUAUUUAUUACCAGUCAGAUAUCAGCAGCCAUGAGUUAUCUUGAAAUGAAAAAUAUUAUACAUCGUGAUUUAGCAACGAGAAAUUGUCUAGUAUUUACUAAUUAUUUAAUUAAAGUAACAGAUUGUGCAAUGUCAACGUUACACUAUUCACAUCAUUAUUGCAUUAUGAAUGAUUCAUAUUUACCUGUGAGAUGGAUGUCUCCUGAAACAUUAUUAAAUGGAGAAUAUUCAACAAAAUCUGAUAUAUGGAGUUUUGGUAUCACUCUUUAUGAAAUAUUGACUAUGUCUCAUACGUUACCUUAUUGCCAAUUAUCAAAUGACGAUGUUAUUCGUCAUAUAAAAACAUUAGCUGAUUCACAAUUACCAAAUUUAGAUACUUCAUCUAUAUGUUCUAUCCCAUUUAAAGAAUUAACUGAUCUUUUGUAUGCUUGUUUAAAACGUACGAGUAUCGAACGACCAUCAUUUCACGAAAUAAAUCUUUUUUUACAUCGACAGUCGUCAUCAAGUAGUACAACUUACGCAUAA